AUGAAGGGCCAGGAACCUGGAGCUCCAAUGUCCGAUGGCAGGAAAAGGCACCUUGGCCCGUACCAGCCUCUGAGCCAGAACGGGGUCCCCCAGUGGUCCCAGCACCAUGAGCCCUGGCAGGUCCCCAGAGGAGAGCCCGGAAAGAAACACAAGGAGAAGAGGGUGGAAGCCCAAGGUGAGAAGUGGGGGAGGCCACGCCAGCCUGCAAGCGGGGCCUGUGGGAAGGAUGGGGAGAGGGGCCUGGCCAACGAUGAUGUCAGAGACAUUUCCAUGUACUUCUCCAAGGAAGAAUGGACAGCGAUGGGAGACUGGGAGAAAACCCGGUACAGAAACGUGAAAAGGAACUACGAGGCAAUGCUUGCUCUAGGUCUCCGAGCCUCUCGACCAGCUUUCAUGUGUCAAACACACAGGCAGGCCAUGAGACCCCAGGCAGAUGACACUGAGGAUUCUGAUGAAGAAUGGACUCCAAGGCGGCAAGUCAAACCUUCUCGGGUGGACUUCAGAGUGGGACAGAGUAAACACCAGAAGGUAACGUCCAGGGCACCAUCAAGGAACAAGCCUAGUUUGAAGGAGUUGUCAGGAACCACAAAUUUGCUGAAGGCAAGUGGCUCAGAGCAGACCCAGUAACCAAUGUCCCUUCCUGGAGAAGCAAAUACCUCUGGACAGCACUCUAGGCAAAAAUCAGGACUCAGGAGGAAGGAGAUUGAAGUGAAGAUAUACAACCUACGGGAAAGAAAGGGCCAUGUGUACGAAGAGGUCAGCGAGCCCCAGGGUGAUGACUACCUGUAUUGUGAGAAGUGUCAGAACUUCUUCAUUGACAGCUGUGCUACUCAUGGGUCCCCUACAUUUGUAAAGGACAGUGUGGUGGAAAAGGGGCAUCCCAACCGCUCAGCCCUCACUCUGCCUCCUGGGCUGAGAAUCAGAGUGUCGGGCAUCUCUGAGGUGGGGCUUGGAGUGUGGAACGAGGUGUCCGAUAUGCCCCUGGGUCUGAACUUUGGCCCCUACGAGGGCCAGAUCACAGAAAAUGAAGAGGCGACCAACAGUGGAUACUCCUGGCUGAUCACCAAAGGGAGAAACUGCUAUCAGUAUGUGGAUGGAAAGGACGAAUCCCAGUCCAACUGGAUGAGGUAUGUGAUCUGUGCCCGGGAUGACGAAGAGCAGAACCUGGUGGCCUUUCAGUAUCACAGGCAGAUUUUCUACCGAACCUGCCAGGUCAUCAGGCCGGGCUGUGAACUGCUGGUCUGGUACGGGGACGAGUACGGCCAGGACUGGGCAUCAAGUGGGGCAGCAAGUGGAAGCAAGAGCUCAGGGCAGGGACAGGACCAGAGCCAGAGAUCCAUCCCUGUCCCUCCUGCUCUCUGGACUUCUCCACUCAGAAAUUCCUCAGCCAGCACGUGGGCCGCAGUCACCCCUCUCAGGUCCUUCCAGCGACAUCAGCAGGGAAGCACCUCCAGUCGGAGGAACCCUGCCCAGAGUAUCAGAGUCAGCAGCAGCAAGGGACUGAUCCACACAGCUGGGAUGACAACGCUGAAGGUCAAGAGGUCAAAGAAAGGUCCAAACCUUUGCUUAAAAGGAUCAGGCAGAGGAGGAUUUCAGGGCCCUUUUUGA